UUUCUUUCGCUCAGUGACCAAGUAAGAAGCCGAGUUGGUCGUUCAGUGCAGCAUGUCGCUGCUUCCGCGCUUAGCGCGUCCGUCCUUCAUCCAGAGGAGGGCCUAUUCUUCAUACUUCUCCUCGAAGACAGGAGGAGGUGGUGGUGGUGGUGGACGCUACUUCACAUCCGCAAAACCUCCAAAGCCUGUAGUCUCAGGCAGAGGAGGUGCAAAGGUCGAGAGUUCGUCCUCACCAGCCUCGAAGAACGAUGCCUCGGGUUCACCAACUUCUCAAUCCAACGAUUCUCCCAACACUGCUCAGACGGGUGCCUCUGAAGAGACAGCCAAAGUCCCUACGACGCUCUCCAGUUCGGAUGGCCCAACACGUGCUGCCACUGCCAGCGCCAGCAAGACGUCCUCCCCACCCAUGAGUCACCAACCACAGCAGCUCGUCAUUCCCCCCCAUAUUUCCCUCAGCAUGAACGACCUCAAGACUCACCAAUUUUUCUCCCUCCACCGCCCCAUGCUCCUUCUGCAGCAACCGACUUCCAUGGUCUUUGACUCACCGGAUCCAUCAAUCCCACUUUUCGGCAAUAGUCCAAAGGAGCAGAAACUAGCCCAGGACCUCCAUUCAAGCUCUCUAUUCGGCGAAAUUCCAGAGUCCAGCGUUGAGAGCGACGCUGAUACUGCGCGCCAGCUUGCCCACUCAAUGGUGCUGAACCGCGUUGGUAAUGCUAUGUCAUGGCAGGAGACGCUGCAGAGGCUCGGACUGGACUCGGCUCAGUCUGCAGACACCAUUUCCGCCAAGGAGUCGGCAGAGGAAUGGAUUACCAUCCACGCGGACAGCACCAGGAGGAAGAAACGCACGAAGAUGAAAAAACAUAAGUUGAAGAAGCGGAGAAGACUUACUCGCAUACAACGGCAGAAUGCUCGGUAGAGACAGGGUGAUGAUGCCUGGAUCAUCGCAACUGUGUUCUUUCUGCUUCUCAAUAGCCUCAUCUAAUGCAUAGAUGUCCUCAGUGUCUUCUUAUAAUGAAUAGCAUUUUCUUCUCCCAGCAAUCACUAUUCAAGGGCUGUUCUCUAACAAAAAUUUUGCUUAAACCUCAUCGCGGCUGUACAAAACCAUGGAUUGCGGACUGAAUAUCACAGCAGUGCGAGCGUGCAUUGCCGAUAGCAUCCGUUACGCUCGCCAGGUGCGUUCCUGGAGGAGCCGCAAUGAGUCCAUCCAGUGACUGCACCCGCAUUUCUGUCUGGUAAACAAUUAGGCACUUCAAAGUCGGUCCAUGUAAGUACGAUAGCGCUUAUACAGG